AUACUCACCAUAUUGUGUCGGGGGAUGGCCUGAAAUACUACCGACAUAUAAUAUAAUGUAAAAUAAUCGUACUUGUUGCAGGGCAGCAGCGAUCAUGAUGCACACCGGCCCCGUGGUGGCGCUCCAGGUGGAGAAGUCUGCAGCGAGGCUCCACGGCCUCGAGGCUCUGCUGAACACAGGCGAUCAGAGCCAGGCUAAACCCAUCGGAGAGACUCUGCUGCUGCAGGGAGGAAACAGGAGGCGCAGAGAACAGCUGAUGCAGAAAAACAGACAGCUGUUCCGAUCCAACCCAAACAUGACCGACCUUUCCUCUGAAGAUGAAGCUGUGGUGAGAGGAAACAACAUGGCUGCUGUCUCCAGUGUGAACCUCCGUGCUCCUGAUGUGUAUCAGAGGGAGUACUUGACCCUCCCGACCCCUAAGUCCUCUCAGGAGAAGCAGAGGUCUGACUCCGCUCUGCAAACCUUCACUGUGUCUCUGAAACCUGCAGAGAGCAGCAGGACCUGCAUGCGCCAGGCUCUGUCCCAGGAGAACCUGUGUGUGGACAGGGACAGAGAAAGCGACCGACAGCGCCCCCUGCUGGACGGGAGGCAGGCGGCUCUGAGAGACCUCCCCUCCUUCCCUCUGAGGUCCUGUGUUUCCACUGACCUGCUCUCAGAGAGACAGCAGGGGGUCCGCAGCAGCAGCUGCAGCAGCAGUGCCGGCGUCUGGAGGAACCCGUUCCCCCAGAACCAGUUCCUCCAGAACCAGAACCCGACUCCCUCCUCUCAGCCCGUCCGCAUCGACAUCCCCCUCCCCCGAACCGUCAGCUCCAGACCUCCUCUCACCUCCUUCCUGCAGGGGAGCAGAGUCAGUGAUGGAAGCCUCCAGAGACCCUCCUCCAAUAAACCCCAGGUCAGCAUCCCCUCGGACUGUUUAUGUCUUGUGUCUUAGUUUCUCUAAUGUACAUUGCCUUGUUUUCAAUGUCCCUGAAACGCAAAUCAUUUCCCAAAUUCGGAUCAAUAAAGUACUUAUCAAUCUAUCUAUCUAUCAAUAAACCCCAGGUCAAGUAACAUUUAGUCAAGUACUGUACUUAAAGGUGGGGUAGGUAAUU